AUUCGAGAGCCGUCAUCAUGUACAUACGUAUCUGCGUUCUCUUUAAUUUUUUUUUUGGGAUAUUUGCUGAGUUUUGUCCUUUUCGAUGUGAAUGUGUAACGGAAUCAAUUUUAAAUUGUUCUUCUGCUAAUCUUUAUCGUUCUCCUAUCCUUAAUGGAUCCUAUUUACUUGUCGACUUAAGUAUCAAUCAAGUCCAACGCCUACCGGAAACUUCUCUCAAAAAUUCCAGUAUAAAAGAAUUACGAAUUAUUGAUAAUCAAGUUCCCCUAACCCUAACAAGGAAAAGUUUUAAGGGUGUUCGACAGAGUCUUCAACAUCUCUCAUUGAAAAACAGUUUAAUUCAAAUUUUACCGGCGGGUGUAUUUCGGUCUCUGAGGAAACUAAAGAGUAUUGAUUUGUCGCACAACAUUCUGAGGACACUACCUAAUGGCAUAUUCAAAGGUUCAUCACAGAUAACACAUCUGGAUCUAUCGAAUAAUUUUCUGACAUCUUUAAGGUGGGACAAAUUGAAAGGUUUAAUGAGUUUAAAAGAACUAAGGUUAGAUUCUAACUUUAUUUGGUGGCUUGAUUCGAGAGCGUUCUAUCCAACAAGAAAACUUUCUUUCCUGUCACUCUCUCAUAACGAUUUGAGAGAUUUACAACCAUCAGUUUUUGUGCGUCUAAGAUAUUUAAAAGAUUUAGAUUUGAGUAAUAAUCGUUUACCUGCUCUUUUUCGUAAAAAUCUGGUAGGGUUGAGAUCUCUGGAACAUCUAGAUCUAUCUAAAAAUCCACUUGUUUUAAUUGUUAAUGGGGCUUUGAAGUCGCUGAAAUCAAUGGUCGAAUUACACCUGGCUCAUACUAACCUCAGAACCCUUCAUCCGGAAAUGUUUAUUGGAGCGAAGAAUGUUGAAUGGUUGGACAUACGUGAUUCUAAAAUUGAAGAAUUGCGUCCCAGUGUAUUUAAAUACUUGAAUAAUUUGAAACAUUUGCAAGUUAGCGGAAAUCUUAUAACUUCCAUUGAUCAGUGCAUCGUUAAAAAUCUGUCUAAACUUAUUGAUAUGGAUUUGAGACAAAACCCACUUCAUUGCGGAUGUUCGCUCUCGUGGUCAACGCAGAAAAAUAUGCCACAUCUUCUGGGCGAAUGUAAAACUCCAAGAAGAAGAGCAAGAUCAUCAGUCGACUAUAGGGGAAACUAUCUUGGAUGUAGAGCAAGAAGAAAUAUAGAAUGUGACGGAGAAAAUAAUCGUUGGAUGAAAAAAAUUCCAUUUAAUCCAAAAUCUCACGAUGAUAUGGUCGAAGAGAUAGUUCAAGCCCCGUAUCGUCACAUUGCCACAGUUCCUGGAAAAAAUAUACGCAAUAAAUUAGCUUUAGCGUUCAAUUACUGGCUACAAAUAUCAGAAGAAAAAUUAACGAUUAUCUCAGAAACAGCUCAGAUGUUGCAUAACGCAAGUUUAAUAAUCGAUGAUAUCGAAGAUAAUUCUAAAUUAAGGAGAGGUGUUCCAGUCGCUCAUUCAAUAUUCGGUAUACCUCCUGCAAUUAAUUCCGCUAAUUAUAUGUACUUUGCUAGCUUAGAAAAAGCUAUUGAACUAAAUCAUCCUGAGGUUCCCGUAAUAUUUACAAAACAAAUUCUGGAGUUGCAUCGAGGUCAAGCAAUGGAUAUUUACUGGAGGGAUUCUUAUACAUGUCCAACUGAAGAUGAAUAUCGAACGAUGGUAAUUGUUGACUUAGAAACUGGCGGAUUAUUUGGUUUAGCCAUUGGGUUGAUGCAAUUAUUUAGCAGUAACAAGAGCGAUCUGAAACCGUUAUUAGAUAAUUUAGGUCUUUUCUUCCAAAUUCGAGAUGACUACGCUAAUCUAAGCUUAAAUGAAUAUUCAAAGAACAAAGGCUUUGCGGAAGAUUUGACUGAAGGGAAAUUCUCUUUUCCAAUUAUUCACUCCUUAAAUAUUGAUAAGAAUAAAUCUAAAAUAAUGAACAUUUUAAGGCAACGAACUGAAGAUAUUGAUGUAAAAAAGUAUUGUGUACAGCUAAUCGAAGACUCUGGUUCUUUUGAUUAUACCAUUAAAGUUUUAAAAGAAUUGGAAAAACAAAUUAUCGAAAAUAUUGAAAAAUUGGGAGGUAAUCCACUACUUUUGGGAUUAGUAAAUGAACUUAGUAAAAUGCUUAAUUGA